AUGUCUGAUUCCAAGCCCGCAGUUCUGCUCUUCGGCUCCCUUUCCCUGUCCUUCGACGAGAAGGCCUUUCAACAGCUGCAGAGGACCAUCAUAGCUGAUGGAAGACACCACUGGGCCUGGGAGACGCUCACGUGCCUCCCCCAUUCCUAUCAAACGAUCGUGGCUGCCGUCCCUGCUCUGGAGUCUGCUUCUACUCUCCAACACCUCCACGACCUCAAGAAGGCCGUCCAACGUCAACAGCCAUUGACCAUACCUUUCCCUCUGCCGAAUUCGGCCCUAAUUCCCCUUGUUGUAGUCUUCCAAUUGACUCAAUAUGCGGAUAUGGUUGAGGAUGCCGCCAUCGACCUGGACCCCCGGAUUGACCUCUUCGCUGCAUCAAUCCACGGCCAAGAAACAUUGGGCUUCUGUACCGGUCUCCUCAGUGCCAUCACGGUCUCGAGUGCCCGGAACAAGGAACAGUUCUGCCACUUUGCUGCCGUUGCCGCCCGACUGGGUCUUCUUGUUGGCAUGGUCGUCGACGCAUGUGAUGCCGCGUCUAUGGGACCGUCACGAUCGCUGAUUGCCGCCUGGAGCUCAGAGAAGAAGCAGAAUGAGCUGCAUCAGAUACUCCAAGAUUUUCCAAAGGCGUAUCUGUCAGUUUACUACGAUGAGGAUCGUGCAACGGUCACCACCGCAGCCUCAACACUCUCCCCACUGCUGGAACAAUGUCGAGCAGCGGGCAUCCUAGCUGCAGAGGUCGGGCUAUACGGGCGAUUCCACAGUGACGCCCACAGCAAUCUUCUUCCAGCUAUUCUCGAACUCUGCGACGCCCACCCGAGCUUUCAGUUUCCGGACGCCUCAGAACUGGUCAUACCAACACGAUCCAAUGCCGGAGGAGCUUUCAUCCACCAAGGGUUCCUGCACCGCCAUGCUCUUCAGCAGAUCUUGAUAGACCCACCGCAGUGGUUUGCGGCAGUUGACACUGUCCGCAAAUCACGGCUGCAAGAAGACGACGCUCAUGUUGUCUCCUUCGGCACAGAGCGCUGUAUCCCACCCUCUCUCAUGCGCACAGCUGCCUCGUACACGUAUUCCGGCAAUGACAUUGCCGUUGUCGGGAUGGCGUGCAAAACCGCCGGUGCGGACAACCUCGAGGAAUUCUGGGACCUACUUUGCGCGGGGGAGUCUCAGCACAAGGAAGUACCCCAGGAGCGUUUCGGUUUCGAAACUGUCUUUCGAGACGUCGACCACAAGCGCAAGUGGUUUGGGAACUUCAUCAAUGGUCAUGACGAAUUUGAUCACAAAUUCUUCAAGAAAAGCCCCAGGGAAAGCGCGACAAUGGAUCCGCAACAGCGCCACCUACUGCAAAUUGCCUACCAGACCGUAGAACAAUCCGGCUACUUCCACAAUCCGAGUCCUGACAAGCGGAUCGGCUGCUAUAUAGGUGUCUGUGCCUGUGAUUAUGAAGCCAACAUCGCCUGUCACGCUCCGAAUGCUUUCUCCGCGACGGGAAAUCUGCAAGGAUUCAUUGCUGGAAAAGUCAGCCAUUUCUUCGGCUGGACCGGCCCUGGUCUCACCAUCGACACUGCAUGCUCCUCCUCGGCGGUUGCGGUUCAUCAAGCCUGCAAGGCAAUUGGAGGAGGCGAGUGCAGCGCGGCCCUUGCUGGUGGCACGCAUGUAAUGACCAAUCCACUGUGGUUUCAGAAUCUGGCAGGCGCCUCAUUUUUGAGUCCCACUGGACAAUGCAAGCCAUUUGAUAUCAGAGCAGAUGGGUACUGCAGGGGAGAGGGUAUUGCAGCUAUCUUCCUGAAGAAGUUGUCCGCGGCGGUCGCCGAUGGAGAUCAAAUCAUGGGCGUGAUCCCAGCAACAGCUGUCCAACAGAACCAGGACUGUACUCCAAUCUUUGUUCCAAACGUCCCCUCGUUAUCCGAUCUCUUUCAAGACGUGUCCAAGCGAGCCCGUCUCACACCGGAAGAAAUCUCCAUUGUUGAGGCCCACGGCACAGGUACUGCAGUAGGGGACCCUGCAGAAUACGAUAGUGUCCGUGCUGUCUUAGGGAGAUCAAUCCGAAAAAAACCGUUGAUGCUCAGCUCCGUAAAGGGACUAGUAGGUCAUGUGGAGUGUACCUCCGGCAUCAUCUCCAUCAUCAAAGUGCUACUGAUGAUUCAGAAGAGCAUGAUCCCACCCCAGGCCAGUUUCACCACCAUCAAUCCAGCUAUCAAAGCGACGUCAACAGACAAUAUUGUCAUCCCAACUAGCUUGCAGCAAUGGAAUGUUGGGUUCAAAGCUGCUCUCAUCAACAAUUAUGGAGCCUCUGGUUCAAAUGCGUCCCUCAUCAUCACCCAAGCCCCAGCCCAAGCGAGGAGAGCAAUCGGAAGGACGGUGCAUGACAGUAUGAGGUAUCCGUUUCGAAUCACUGGCUUUGACGAUUAUAGCAUACGACAGUACUCGAAGGGCCUUCGCGACUAUUUGAAUCGUGACCUCUCUGAGCCGAAUCUGUCUGAUAUUGCCUUUAAUUCCGCCCGUCAAAGCAACUGGCAUCUUGAUCGAACGCUGAUGUUCAGUGUAAAGUCUAUUGACGAAUUGAACAAGGAUCUUCAAGCAUACGAGAAUGGUAACUCCAACAUCACGUCCGUUUCUCUUGCGAGUUCUCGCCCUGCGGUGCUAUGCUUUGGUGGGCAAGUGUCUAAGUUCAUCGGACUUGAUCGGCUGGUGUAUGAGCAUGUUGCAGUGUUUCGAAAGCAUCUCAAAACGGUUGAUGCCGUGGCUCGGGCCAUGGGUGUGGGUAGCAUCUUCCCGGACAUAUUCAGCCGUGCUUCGAUUGGUGACCCCGUCAAGUUGCAAGUAAUGCUCUUUUCCUUGCAAUAUGCCUCAGCGCACAGCUGGAUAGAUUCUGGAAUCCAGCCAGCGGCAGUCGUAGGCCAUAGCUUCGGCGAGCUUACAGCUCUAUGCGUGGCGGGUGCCUUAUCGCUUGAAGACACCAUGCGUAUGAUCGUGGCUCGUGCUACCAUUGUUAGAGACUUUUGGGGUCCUGACAAUGGUGCUAUGGUUGCUGUGGAGGCCAAUCUUCAUGAAGUGGAAGCGCUACUUGUGGAGUCCAAGGCCUACUGUGCCGGUAUCGAGUCAGCCACCAUUGCUUGCUAUAACGGGCCUCGGAGCUAUACGCUGGCUGGUGCGACUCCGGCGGUGCAAGCAGUCAUUGAGACACUUUCCUUGUCUGCCUUUUCGUCCAUAAAACAUAAGCGAUUGAACGUGACAAACUCUUUCCACUGUUCUCUCCUCGAUCCUCUUCUUGGGCGACUUGAGCAAAGUGCCCAAGAGUUCGUAUUCAAAGAUCCCAUUAUACAUCUUGAGAGGGCCACGGAGUCAGCUGCCGGCGAGAAGCUUACCCCUCAGUUUGUUGCUCAACAUAUCCGCUCACCCGUAUUCUUCCACCAAGCAAUAAAGAGAUUAUCCUGCAAGUAUCCAUCCUGUGUCUUCCUGGAAGCUGGGUCCGCCUCAACCGUCACCAACAUGGCUAGCCGAGCCCUCGGCAGUCCCGAAAGCUCGCACUUUCAAUCUAUCAACAUCACUUGCGACAAUGAGUGGAACAACUUGGUGGAUGCAACACUGAGCCUGUGGAAGGCAGGCUUGGGUGUGCAAUUCUGGGCUCACCAGUCGAGUCAAACAAAGGAGCACCCAAUUCUCCUAUUGCCGCCCUACCAGUUUGAGCGUUCAAAGCAUUGGAUUGAACUCAAGACGCCCCCAAGAAUUACUUCGGAAGAAGACUUGAGACCAAAGAUCAUGGAGCAGGACCUACCAGAGAAGCUUUUCAAGUUCGUCGGGUACCAAGACAAGGCCGAGCGGCAAGCGAGAUUCCGUAUCAAUACGCUGGCCGCCGAGUACGACAGACUCCUUCGUGGACACGUCAUUGCUCAGACAGCGCCCAUCUGCCCUGCCACUAUUCAGCUUGAUAUAGUCAUUGAAGCAGUACGCAGCAUCAAGCCAGCUUUCUCAUCAUCCAAGCUAGAGCCCAGGCUGUACAACGUCGAGAACGCCUCGCCACUCUGCAUCAACCGGGGGCAGGCGGUGUGGGUCGAGGCGGUUGCGGAAGGUAGCGCAGCAACAACUUGGAACUUUCAGGUUUUCAGCAAUGACCUUCAGAACGAAGCCCCGCGCACAGUCCAUACCACUGGUCAGAUCGUCUUUCAGUCCGUCGACGAUCUCGCACUGAAACUUGAAGUUGCGCGCUUGGAACGCCAUUUCAGCCACGAACAAUGUAUUGAAAUCCUGCGCAGUAACAAUCCAGACGACGAAGUCCUGCAGAGUAGAAACAUCUACAAGAUCUUCGCCGAGAUCGUGGACUACGGAGAGGAGUAUCGUGGACUGCAGAAGCUUGUGAGCAAGGGAAACCAAUCUGCAGGUCUAGUAGCCAAGAAGUAUAAUCCGGAAUCAUGGCUCGACGGGCAUCUGGCCGACAGCUUCUGUCAGGUUGGAGGCAUCUAUGUCAACUGUAUGGUUGACCGCACCAUGUCAGAUAUGUAUAUCGCAAACGGUGUCGAGCAGUGGGUUCGCUCGCCGAGGCUUCACCAGCAAGAUUCGCGGCCUGAUUCGUACCAUGUUCUGGCGACACAUCAUCGACCCUCACCCAAGGCGUUUCUAACAGAUGUCUUUAUAUUCAAUCCGACAAAUGGUUCUUUGAUUGAGGCCAUCUUGGGUAUCAGCUAUGUUAGAGUACCGAAAGCUUCGAUAAGCAGGUUACUAUCGCGUCUUACCAUGGGAGACUUCCAGAAGGUUGCGGAAGCUUCCACCUCUGAGCCUUUUCAUGGUGAUACCGAUGCAGAGAAAAAGGUUUUAGCAGUUCCCCAAGCAAAGGUACAGAGAGCCAGUCCUUCAGCAAGCAACAAAGUGCAGGCACCAGGCAAAUUAGAGACCGCACCAAAGGUGAAGACUAUCCUUGCGGAACUCUCCGGUCUCGAGCUGAAGGAGAUCAAAGAUGACAGUAACCUCGCAGACUUAGGAAUUGAUUCUCUCAUGGGAAUGGAGUUGGCACAUGAGAUUGAAGCCGCAUUCCAGAUCACGAUUCCGGAAAAUGAGCUCAUGGAUGUCAUCGACAUUCCCAGCUUGAUGAAGUGUGUGGAAACUGUGAUAGGUGGCGGCGUUGUUACUGCAACGGAAAGCAGUGAUCAAAGCACUUCUGAGAGUGAGGAAAGCGACACAAAGCCCAGCGGCUACACGACGCCGAGUACCGCAUCCGAGGUGGCUGAGCCAGCAAAGUCUGUCCAGAACAUCGGACUGAACCUUUCCUUUUGCUCUGUGAUAGAGGCUUUCAAUGAGGUCAAGAACAAUACCGACGACCAUAUUGUUGAGUACAAGCAGGGCAAUUACUUUGAGACGGUGCUGCCCCUUCAAGAUCAAAUGUGUGUGUCGCUCGUCCUCGAGGCGUUCGACAAGUUGGGACAGCACAUUCGCAAUGCCAAUCCUGGUGACAAAUUUGUCCGCAUUGAACACGCAAGAGAACAUGCCCGACUAGUUGACUACCUGUAUAGAAUGCUCGACGAAGGAGCAGGGCUUGUAAAUACCGACGGCGAUUGCAUCACUCGCACGGCAGUCCUCCCUCCUUUCUCGAGCAGUGAGAUCCUCGCAGAACUUGUUACUCGCUUCCCUGACCAGAGUAUGGCUGAUAAACUCACCUUCUACACUGGAUCUCAGCUGGCCGAUGUCCUCAGAGGCCAGACAGAUGGGAUCAAGUUGAUCUUCGGAACUCCAAAAGGGCGUGACCUCGUCUCCAACAUGUAUGCGGAAUGGCCGCUCAAUAGGCUAUUCUACCUACAAAUGGAGGAAUUCAUUAGCCGGCUCGUUUCUAAAGUCGACAUGACUCAGGGCGCCAUCAAGAUCUUGGAGAUGGGGGCUGGUACAGGAGGAACGACUAGAUGGCUCGUUCCUCUGCUCGCGGAGUUGAACAUUCCAGUCGAGUACACCUUCACAGAUCUCGCUCCGUCCUUUGUCGCUGCCGCUCGCAAGAGAUUUGGCAAGCAGUAUCCCUUCAUGAAAUUCAGGACACAUGAUAUUGAAAAGGCUCCGGCCGACGAUCUUCUCGGCACGCAACACAUCAUCAUCGCCAGUAACGCUGUGCAUGCCACGCACAGUCUCAGGGUGUCUGCAAGUAAUAUCCGCAAGGCCCUACGAUCUGACGGUCUCCUUAUGAUGCUCGAAAUGACAAGUACCAUGUAUUGGGUCGAUAUCACAUUCGGGCUGUUUGAGGGCUGGUGGUAUUUUGACGAUGAACGCACACAUGCUGUGACGCACGAGUCGCUGUGGGAAACUGAGCUGCACUCGGCUGGAUACGGACACGUCGACUGGACUGAUGGUGCGCGGCCAGAGAACAGACUGGAGAAGCUGAUUAUUGCCUUUGCUUCAGGCGGGAGGUAUGAGCGACUCCCACAGUCACAUCCAAUCGAGAGCCUAUCGACUGACUGUGCGGCGCGACAAACAGUUAUUGACAGAUACCUGCGUAAGAUGACGGCCGGAUGGGAGGCUCCUUCGGUGAAGGUCGGACCCACAAAUAGGGAUAGAAAAUGUAUUGUUCUCACAGGGGCAACAGGGAGCUUGGGAAGCCAUGUGGUCCAAAAGCUUGCCUCCAGUCCUGGUGUGACGAACAUCAUCUGUCUGAAUCGACGGAGUCGGCUCGACGCUGAUCAACGACAGCUUCAAUCUCUGAGCCAGAAAGGCAUCUGGCUUCCUGACGAUGCGAUCGACAAACUCACCAUCAUGGAUGCUGAUCUUGCAAGACCGCAACUCGGGCUGUCGAGUCCACAGUACGAAUCCCUUGUUUCAACGACCACGCACAUUAUUCACAACGCCUGGCUCAUGAAUGCGAAAUGGCCGUUAGAUCGAUUCGAGUCCCAGCUUUGUAUCAUGCGCAAUCUGUUAGACUUUGCGUCCGCUGUUGUGGGCCAUGGCUGUAACAUAGUCACGUUUCAGUUAAUCUCCUCCAUUGCCACAGUCGGUCAUUAUCCUCUGCAUACAGGAAGACCUCGGGUUCCGGAAGUGAUGAUGGGAAUCGAAUCUGUUCUCCCCACUGGGUACGGAGACGCAAAGUACAUUUGCGAGUUGAUGCUUGAGUCGACGCUAAGGCUUCACCCAGACAAAUUCCAUGCCAUGACGGUGCGUCCAGGGCAAAUCGCAGGCUCCAGUGAGAGCGGAUACUGGAACCCCCGUGAGCAUUUCUCCUUCGUGAUCAAAUCAUCACAGACACUCGGCGCCCUCCCUCGCUUCGAAGGCCUUCUGUCAUGGACGCCCGUCGAUUUCGUAGCCGGUACAACCGUCGACUUGCUUUUCCGCGACGACCAACCGUAUCCGGUCUACCAUAUCGAGAACCCGAUCCGCCAGAGGUGGGAAGAUAUGAUGCCUGUGCUUGCAGAUGAGCUGCACCUACCACAGACAAACAUGAUUCCAUUCUCAGAGUGGGUGCAGCGCGUUCGGGAGUAUAGUCGACAUGCAGGGUCAGAGCGGGAGACCGCCAUCAUGUUGGUUGAUUUCUUGGAUGAGAACUUUCUGCGCAUGUCUUGCGGUGGGCUCUUGUUGGAGACGAGGAGAUGUCGCGAGCAUUCGAAGACUCUGGCAGAUAUGGGCCCGGUUAGUGAGGAUGUGACAAGGUUGUAUAUCAAGAACUGGAGGGCGAUGAAGUUUUUGAAUUGA